GGGCCGGCCGCGGCGCCUCCGAGGGCCAGAAGGAAGCGGAGGGUGGGAAAGUCUGUUAGAGGAGCCAUGUUCACCUCCAGGCUCUUCACCCUUGUCCUGGUGGUGCAGCCUCCCCGCGUCCUCCUGGGCAUGAAGAAACGUGGGUUUGGAGCCGGGCUCUGGAAUGGCUUUGGGGGGAAGGUGCAGCCAGGGGAGAGCAUCGAGGAGGCAGCUCGCAGGGAGCUCCUGGAGGAGAGUGGACUGACAGUGGACACCCUGCAGAAGAUGGGUCAGAUCACUUUUGAAUUUGUAGGCAACUCUGAACUGAUGGAUGUUCACAUUUUCCGGGCAGAUGAUUUUCAUGGAGAGCCAACAGAAAGCGAUGAAAUGCGCCCACAGUGGUUCCAGCUGGACGAGGUGCCAUUCAAUCACAUGUGGGCAGAUGAUGCCUACUGGUUCCCCCUGGUGCUUCAAAGAAAGUUGUUUCGUGGCUAUUUUAAGUUCCAGGGACAAGACACCAUCCUGGAGCACACCCUGGAAGAAGUGGAGGAAGUUUAAGAAAACAGAAGCACUCGACCCAUGUGCUGCUGCCCACGCUGGGGUAGAACACCACGAGUGCUACUUGGAAAGGUCUCCUUUCUCAGCUCUCCAGGAAAAAAACAAAACAGAAAGACUUAUUUGUGUCAGGUCACUGGGAAGGAAGGAAAAUCAGGGGCUUUCUUCAAGCAGAAGCAAAAGUAAUGAGAUUUUUCCAUGCUGUAGUAUACUUUGGUGGUUAUGUGAUGAGUAUGAUUAAACACUUUGUGUUAACCCUUUUCUUUGCAGGUGGUUGA